AUGGCGCCCAUCAAGGUCGGAAUCGUAGGCUACGGCUUCUCCACAAAAUGCUUCCACCUGCCAUACAUCCUGCCCAACCCAGAGCUCCAAGUAUACGCCUUCCUCCAGCGCGCGGCGCCACCCUCGGAGAACCCCGGUGUCGAGCUGAGGAUGGGCCACUGCACGGUGGACUUCCCCGAGGCGAAGCACUACCGGACGGCCGACGACUUCUUCGCGGAUGCCGCGAUUGACCUCGUCAUCGUCUGCACGCACGAGCACGACCAGUUUGUCGAGGCGGCACUAAACGCCGGAAAGCACGUUGUUGUCGAAAAGCCGUUCCUCAAGACAAGCGCCAAGGCGGACGAGCUCAUCCAGCUCGCCAAGGAAAAGGGCAAGGUCCUGACCGUAUUCCAGAACCGAAGGUACGACAGCGACUUCCGUACCCUAGAAAAGCUCAUCUCCCUCAAUGCUCUCGGCGACAUCAAGGACGCCGUGAUCCACUAUGAUUUCCGCGAUCCCGGCUGGCUGCACCACUGGAACCGUAAAGAGUACGCCCCGGGCGACGGCAUGGCUUUUGGCCUUGGCACCCACACGCUGGACCAGGCCCUCGCGCUCUUCGGCCGCCCCGCGUCCGUCACGGGGUUCUUCCGCGCCGUCCGGGGCGUGGACAGCGAGAUCGACGACACGUUCACCAUUUUCCUUCAGUACGACGGCGCGCAAAAGGACUUGACUGUCACGGUGAAGACGGCCAUCUACGGUUACGAUCCCCAGGAAGCGAGAGCCAUUGGCCAGCUCGGCCAGCCGGCGGACGACCCGAACUUUGGCAAGGAGGACCCGAGCAUCUGGGGCACGCUCUCCACCAAGAGCGAGAUUGACGCCGCCUCCCAGAAGUACGACGAGGCGAGCAAGCUCUACAUCGGACAGUAUCCCAGCCUCGAUGGCUCGUAUAGGGACUACUACCGGAACGUGGCGGAUGCUAUCAACGGCAAGUGCGAGCCCCGGAUCAAGCCAGAGCUCGCGAGGGACGGUUUGCGGGUGAUUGAACUGGCGAGGGAGUCUCAUCAGACGGGGCGUACCGUGGCCUGGUACUAG